AUGUCACCCAAAUACGCCAAAGACCAGCCUGAGGGCUUCACCAACCGCAUUGAGCGUGUUGCCAUCGUCGGCGCCGGCGGCUCAGUCGGCAAACACAUCGCACGCGAACUCCUCCAGACGGGCAAACACACCGUGACAGCGCUGACCCGCGCCGACAGUUCCAACGUCCUCCCUGAGGGCGUGCAUGCCGUCCAGGUCGACUACAACGACGAGUCGACGCUCGUUUCCGCACUGCAGAACCAGCAGUUCCUCAUCAUUACGAUGAACGUCAUGGCGCCCCCAGACACGCAAUCCAAGCUGAUCCAGGCGGCGGCCAAGGCCGGCGUGCCGUACGUCAUGCCCAACAGCUACGGCGUAGACGUCACCAAUAACACUCUGUCGCUGGAGUCGAUGACUGGCGAGCCGAUUCGACGGGCAUGUGCCGAGAUCGAAGCGGCGGGGGUGUCGAAGUGGAUGGCGUUGGUGUGCGGAUUCUGGUAUGAGUUCAGCAUGGUCACCGGGGCGGAGUGGUUCGGAUUCGAUUUUGCGGCGCGGAAGAUGACCUUCUAUGACGACGGGGAGACGAAAAUCAACGUGAGCACUUGGGAGCAGUGCGGACGGGCUCUGGCAGGGCUUCUGAGCCUCAAGGAGCUACCGGAUGACGAAAACGACCGCAGCCACACUGUGAGUGGGUGGUCGAACAAGCCGGUUUUCAUCGCGAGCUUUCUCGUCAGCCAGAAGGAUAUGUUUGAGAGCUGGAAGAGGGUCACCGGGGAGAGCGACGCGGACUGGAAGAUCGAGUAUGAGCCCACGGCUGAGAGGUACAAACGCGGCCUCGAGAGGAUGCAGCAGGGUGAUCGUAGAGGAUUCGCACAGGCAAUGUAUGCGCGCGUCUUUUACCCCAGCGAUCCUGGAAACCAUGAGCGUGUCCAUGGCCUUGAUAAUGAGGCGCUUGGACUGCUCCGGGAGGACCUGGAUGAGUGUACCAAGAAUGCGAAGACGAUGCUCGAGAGUGGUUAUUCCUAUUUCUGA